UAUACCCAUUACCAUAUAUAUGAUUGAAUAUUAUCUGCUGUUGGCUUGUGUGGAUGUAGCUGACUUCAAACGUUGUUAAAAGUAUCAGGGCCAUGGUACUUUCUCAUGAUGGAAAAAUACAGAGAAGCAUGAAGACAGGAACUGUUCAAAUUAGUUGGGAGGGGGGCACAUUCAGAGCGGGGUGUUGCGAGAAGAAGCGGUCUUUUGUUAGAUAACAGGAGCCAGGUGCGAAAUAACAGGAGCCAGGUGCGAGAUAACCGUAUGGAGCAUGAGAGCCUGGAUGUUCUUCACAAGCAACAUUUAUAUCUAUCAACAGAAGCGCCAAGAGGCGGGGACCCGCCUGAGCGCCUCAAUAGGCUGAGCAAGUUUAAACCACGCCCAGUCUCUACUGUGAUAGGCCAACAGACGGGUUGGAACUGUCUAUCACAGUAUAAAGAAUACUGUUUUACAUACGUCUUGUCAGUUCCCUGUUCUGCCCAGCGUGGUAUUACAGUGAGCCCGUAUAUACGAAAGUUGCAUUUGCCAUUUAUUACUUAGCUAAUAAAAAAUACAUAGUAUAAAAUCGGUGACUCAUUGUUAUAUUUAUCCUGAUACCAGAUUCGAAUUUACGCAACUCUAACAGUGUUCACAUUCACUUUUCAUCACACGGAAACAGUGAAGAGAGUAUCAUUUAGCUAGCAUAGAAUACAGUUGAACUCGUCGGUGUCACAUCACGAUCAUACUUACUACAAUGAGCGGCAGAGGGAAACCACGAAGCGUGCGCGCAAAGAGUCCGGAACCAGCGCAUGUCAAGAAUCCGAUUCGGGCCAAGAGUGCCCGGCAACCUCCAAAGGAACCAGUGAAAGACACUAAGAAGGAAACGCAACAGGUCACUGAUGAAUACAACCCCAAGAAAACCAAGGAACAUAAGCAGCCUAAGCGCACCACUGAGGAAAAGGCACCUGUGCCACAGAAGUGCGUAGAAGUUAAAACCGGAUCAAGGAUGGUCAAAAAAGGUUACAGCGUUGACUCAAAUCCGAAUAAGAUCCUGUUUACAACCAUUGAACAAUUGAAGAUUAAGAAGAAACAGAAAUCGGAAUCAGCAAGUAUUGUCAAUGACACGGUAAAGCAUAUAAUGGACCACAUGAAAAAGUGUACAGAAUGCUUCAAAGAUGUAAAUGAUGUGCGCACUGGGAGUUAUUACGAGAAUUUAAAGAUUUCUAAUCCCGACGAAUUUGACGUGAUGUUAACUGUGCCUGUCGAGCGGGUGGACAUUCGGCCGUUUGGGGAUGUUGGGGCGUUUUACAGCGUGGCGUUCAAACGAGGAAAACACUCGUUGGAUCGCUUUCUAUGUGAAGACAACACAAUAUCUGCCAGUGGAAUGCUUACUGAGUUCAGAAACGAGGUUAAAAAGUGUGUGAAGAUACUCAAAGACGUGGGGUUGGAGAAGAAAAAGAAGGGUUGCCCGGCGGUGACCUUACUGAUAAACGGGACGGGAACGGUCCCUAUCUCACUGGACAUUGUUCUGGGUCUUGAGGUCCGCUCGAGCUGGCCCACUUUCACCCAAGGAGGCAUAGACAAAAUAGACAUCUGGCUCGGGACCAAAGUGAAGAAAGAACAAAAGCUUAAGGGGUACUACCUCGUUCCGAAGUACGAGGGAAAGGGCACGGUGGAACGGGAAGGUGUCUGCGCUAAAGACGCAUGGCGCAUCUCAUUCUCGCAUGUGGAGAAGAGUAUCCUAACAAAUCAUGGCUCCCAGAAGACCUGCUGCGAGGCCAGCGGGACUCGCUGCUGCAGGAAGUUCUGUCUGAAGCUUCUGAAGCACCUGUUGGGCUUGCUGAAGGCAGAGAACCCUAGUCUGUCCAAGUUCUGUUCCUACCACGCCAAGACCACCCUGCUCCACGCCUGCUGCUCCAGGAACCAGGACAGCGACUGGGAGGCGGCCCAGCUGGGACUCUGCUUCCAGCAGCUGCUGGAGGACUUUGAGGGCCACCUGAAAGAUGGCAUGCUCCCCAACUUCUUUAUCCCCAAACACAAUCUACUGGGCUCCGGCCAUGACCGCAAGAGCUGUCAGUUCCUGGCCCGGCGCAUCGAGGAGGAACGCAACAAUGGUUUCCCCAUUUUCCGCAAGUGAGUCGGGACCUCGAACACCUCCCUUUAAUGACUCACCCAGAGGCCCAAUAGGCAUAAGUGGAGUACAGUGGUGGUCCCAUAAUGUUGUCUAUUCUUAAAGCAAAGGCAUAGGCAGGAGGAAUUGAAGAGCAGAGGAGUCGGAAGUUUAAUUUCAUUCAGAUCUUACUUGACGAGUUUUGAGUGAGAGCCAACUGCUCCUCCAACAAAUUAUAAAAGGUAAUGUAGUCCUUUCCUGCUGUCAAUGAACAAAAUCGCGCUCUUAGGACUCAUGGGUGGAAUGUUAUUGAUAUAUUUUUUUGUAAUUUCAUAACAAAGAUUAUUUUUAAAAACCCAACGAAAAUCUGGAGUUUCUAUGUCAAACAGUUUUGCUAUAUUUCAGUGUUCUGUGAUGUUUAUAAGUGUAAUAUUGGGAUGCAAAGUAAAAAAUGUAUACAUCUCAACUCUGUAUCUGACACGGUACAGGUGUCUUCUUUUUUAAGCCCAUAACCAUGUUUGAGGUGUAUACUUUUGUUUAAGACUACCAAGAAUCACUCUGUGUGACCCUACAUUUUGCCCACAGCAGUAAAAGGUUAAACAAACUCAGUACAACACUAUUAAUUGUUCAAUAAAUAAAUAAACAUACAAAUGUGCAACACAAAAAAAGGCUGAACACUGGAGGUUCCAGCAUGGAAGUUGCAAGUUGCUUCUUCUUCUGAGGAAAGAAAUUACAGAUUCAAAAGACAAUUGGCAAUGGGAUAUUGGAUUCUAAACCACAAAAUAUUAGUAGUUUUAGCACUAGGAGCUAACAUGAGCUUUCAGUGAGGAUUUUCCAUAACUUUUUUAAAAUCCCUUAAAAAUAAUUCCAUACUAAAUUCUACCUACUCAGGAUGUCAACACCAUCUAUUCCUUGCAGAGUAUUUGUCCACCUAUGUGUCUGUCUUGGCCAAACCAGGAGGAAGAAACAGAUUUUCCCUGGUGUAUGUUUUGCUGUUUUGAGUUGUUAGAAACUGACUGUGUGACAGUAUGUCCAGGUGCAUGCUGGGAAACUCCAGCUAUAAUUUUUGUGACCACGGUCAUUGAUUCGAACUGUCUAACAGAGAGAGAUUGUGUGUGUGUGUGAUGUGAACACAUUGCAGGUGCCUCUCUGUUUACCCGAUAUGUAUUUCUGUUCAGCUUUUGUUCACACAAGUUUAUUAUUAGCCAUUCAUUGGAAUGUAAGGCCUGAGGGCAGAGGUGUUUUCAGCUGUAUACCAAUAAAUUGGAAUGUGCAUGUGUGAAAUACCCUACUUUUAAUAAAACAGAACACAUCAUGGAAAGAUGUCUUUCUUAUCUCUGUGAACCCAAAGGACUAGACUAUUGUUGAAACCCUACCCCUUUUCUUCACACAUGUAUGCUUAACCUGUUCAAUAGGCAUGGUCUGACAACUCAGUGGCCUUAUGGUUGAGUGUCCACCCUGUGAUGGGAAUUUUGUGAGUUCAAUCCCUGGCUGAGUCAUACCAAAGACUGUAAAAAUGAAACCUGAUGUGUCUUUGCUUGGCAAGGAGCUAGAUAGACUAGCUAGGGGGUGUAGUUGUACAUUAAGCUGCCUCAUGCUACUGAAACAGGAGAUAGGCUCCUGCCCUAUGAGACAUUUCGGCUUGCACAAGCAAGGCUACUUACUCAUGGUAUGACAAACACUGCUGUAGAUCGGCCACCUUCCAUACAAUAUUCUUAAAAUGUUUUAUUCAUGGAUUUAAUGGUGCUCUGUGGGAUGUUCAAAGUUUUGGGAUAUGUUUUUAUAACCCAACCCUGAUCUGAACUUCUCCACAACUUUGUCCCUGACCUGUUUGGAGAGCUCCUUGGUCUUCAUGGUGCUGCGUGCUUGGUGGUGCCCCUUGCUUAGUGGUGUUGCAGACUCUGGGGCCUUUCAGAACAGGUGUAUAUAUACUGAGAUCAUGUGACACUUAAAUAAAGUCGACCUGUGUGAAAUCUAACUAA